AUGUCAUUUGUGAAUACCACGUCCACGGCUCUUAAUCACAAGUUCAACGCAUGCCGCCGUGUUCAAGUCACAUUCAACAAUCCUUUGUCGGUGCCAUUACUUGAGGGUCUUUGUCCUAAACUUUGGCCGUACUAUCAGACUCAGAUUCUAUAUAUUAGUGGUUCACUCAGUCAUAGUUUUCGAAACGUUAGGCGGUCUAUUAGUACUAGUAAGAUGGUAUCUAGAAAUAUAGUCGAAACUCGUCAGGUUGAGGUCCGUGAAGUUGAUGGAUUAAAACGUCGUGAUCUUCGAUCUUCAGUUUCACUUCAAGCUCGAGAUGUUAUGUUAUAUGUUAGUGGUAGUGCUAGUGGAUUUGGAGAAGGACAAUUCGAUAUGGGACAAUUGCUUGGUACAUUCAUGACAGAAAUGCUUGAUAGGUUUACCGAGAAUGGAUCUUUGAAAUCGGAUGAUGAUUCAUUAACAUCAGAUGAUGAUGAAAACACAGAUAAUUCGACUUCUUCAAGUUCAAGUGAUACUGGAAACACUACUUCUGAUAUUACAUCUGAUUCUUCUGGAAAUGGAACAUCCACAUCCACAUCCACUACCCUUCCAACUCAAAGUUUCGAUACUAGUUCUUACCCCGCUCCAACAAGCUCUAAUGACACAUCUCCGGGGUCAGCUAACAAUGUGACCUCUUUACCUUCUCAGACUCUGAGCAUCAACGCUACCUUUUCUCCUGUUCCUGCUCCAACUAUCAACGCCACAUCUCCUAUGACCUCAAACUCUAAUUCUUCGUCCUCUUCACCCCCAAUCAUCAUUGCCACUGCUCUCCUGACACCUAACUCUAAUGCUACAUCACCUUCAUCACCAAGUAUUGUGGCUACAGCUCCUUUAAGCUCAAGUUCAAGUAGUGCUACUAAAUCUGGUGACGGAACUGGAAAUGGAAAACUUUCUGGUCAGGGUCAUGGGCUUUCGGUUUUCUUGGAAAGCGAUUUACCUAAUCCUUCGAGUUUGGGGGUUGGAACUUCUGGAUUUACGGGUGGAUUUUCGGUUACCCGUUAA